CCUCUCUCCCUAACAACCAAAACUCCAUAUCUUCCUUUCCUUUCCUUUCUUCCUCAAAGUUUUGCAACUUCUUGUUAGUUAUCAUCAUCUCUUUCGUUUGCGCUCUUUUCUUGAACUCAUAGGAUGGCACCGCCUGUGGCAAUGACCGAAGCAGUGAGUGGUGAGAAUGAAGUCAUCGCUGGCGGCAACGUGCCAAAGAGAGCGUACGUUACGUUCUUGGCCGGGAACGGCGACUACGUGAAGGGCGUGGUCGGGCUGGCCAAGGGGUUGAGGAAGUCGAAGGCGGCGUAUCCGCUUGUUGUGGCGUGUCUGCCCGACGUACCAGAGGAGCACCGCCAGAUCCUCGAGUCGCAGGGUUGCAUCGUCCGUGAGAUCGAGCCGGUGUAUCCCCCCGAGAACCAGGCCCAGUUUGCCAUGGCCUAUUAUGUCAUCAACUACUCGAAGCUUCGCAUUUGGGAGUUUGUGGAGUACACAAAGAUGAUAUACUUGGAUGGAGACAUACAAGUUUUCGACAACAUUGAUCACCUCUUUGAUGCGCCAGAUGGCUUCUUCUACGCGGUUAUGGACUGCUUCUGCGAGAAGACCUGGAGCUCGUCCCUUCAGUACAAGGUCGGAUACUGCCAACAGUGCCCCGAGCGUGUGCCGUGGACCCCGGAGCUCGGCCCGCCCCCGCCGUUGUACUUCAAUGCGGGCAUGUUUGUGUUCGAGCCCAAUCUCUUGACUUACCUUGACCUGUUGAAGACCGUCAAAGUCACCUCUCCUACCUCAUUUGCUGAGCAGGAUUUUCUGAACAUGUACUUCAGGGAUAUAUACAAGCCAAUCCCUCCAACGUAUAACCUUGUUUUGGCGAUGCUAUGGCGUCACCCAGAAAAUGUUGAUGUUGAGCGAGUGAAGGUUGUUCACUAUUGUGCGGCGGGGUCAAAGCCAUGGAGGUACACUGGGCUGGAAGAGAACAUGCAGAGGGAAGACAUCAAGAUGCUGGUGAAGAAAUGGUGGGACAUCUAUGAGGAUGAAGCUCUGAACUACAAGAACGCCACUUCAGACAGCUCCACAAAGUUCGGGCCCUUCAUUGCUGCUCUAUCUGAGGCCGAGGCUGAUGCUGGCGUUCAACAGAGAACUGCUCCGUCUGCAGCUUAAACAUAUAACGAUAUAAUCAUCAUAAUUAUCACCUUUUAUGUUGCUCUUGGUUGGCUUCCUUUUUCUUUUUCUUUCUUGACCUUUUCUUGGACUUACUCUACUCUAGACAGAAGAAUGUCAUGAGCUGUGUUGAUUAUGUGAGUUGCCACCCAUGGCAUGACUUCUAUGAGAUAAAUAAAUAUCGAGUGUUACAAUAAAAAUAGUCUUCUGAACCAUGGUCA